AUGCGGCCCAUUAUUCCUCUCAUAACCGUAUGUUUCUAUACUCUUCUAUCGAGUGGAACCUCCAGCGGUGACGAUAGAAGAUGGCUGGUCUCCCUCAUAGACCUCGUAGAGCUGGACUAUCAAGACCAAUGUGGCCAGCGAGCUACAGCAACGUGGGAAGAACUUAUAGGAAAUAGCAAAGGUCUAUCGUUAAAACUGGAACGAGACAAAGCCUUCGGCAUUUUCGCUAGACAGCAGAAAACGGAUGUGAGGACAGCCUUCAAUUCUCAUUCCUUGACGGCUGACGAUGAUAUUCUUCGAAGGAGGAUCAAACUGCUGUUACAACCUGGUGAUUCCUUACUGGAACCUGAGCAGUGGAUACGGCUGGUGACAUUUGCAGACACGUCGCUCAACCACAUCAGGUUCGCUACGGAUUAUGACUGUGGAGCAAAUGGAAACUGCACUCUUAGAGAAAUGCACAAUAGCUUAUCUAGGGAGCAAGAUGAAGACAUUUUAAAGCGAAUGAAAGCAUCUUGGGAGAAGAAGCUGCCGAAUAUAAAUGAAUAUUUGGACAACAUUUUGCCGAUUCUUAGAAAUGCGUCGAAAGAAAAUCUUUAUAACACCGUCGAAGAGUAUUGGGAUGCUCUAGUGGAGUAUGAAGGUGCUAUGCUGAAGGCACGCGAGAUUUGGGAUCAUGUCAAGCCCUUAUACAUAAAGUUAAACAAAUAUGUUGCUCUGAGGUUGAAGGGCGCUGAUGCUGUUGGGAAACCAAUACCAAUACACUCACUUAGAUCUCUAACGGGGGACGACUGGUCCAAUCUUAUUGAAAUUCUAUUACCUAAGCAUUCGGAUAUCUACCAAAAGGUUUAUGCUAAUCUACAUUUAAUGGACAUGGGAGGUCUAAACGCGUACAAAGAAGCUGAGAAAGUUAUAAGACAUCUUAAUUUCGGUGAAAUUCCACCAGAAAUAAUCACCGAAUCGGAUUACAACGGCACAUGUCCUUCGACGAUCGUCGACUGGUGCCAGCCAAAUAAGGUUAAACUGGUUACAUGUAAAGAUGUCAGUAUAUCGAGCUAUAUGGAAGCCCAUGAGGUUGCAAUGAAGAUAAAGUAUAAGCUUAUAGCUGCAACACACAGUAAUAAUACUUAUGCCCUUCGUGAAGCUCCCAGAUAUUCAGCUGUCUACGAGGCGAUACCUGGCUUCGUAUCAUUGCUCUCCAUGAACCCUCACACUCUCGAUCGUGCCGGCCUGUACACCUUGGACAGAUUCAAUUUUAACCCGAACUAUCACCGCUUAGUUCUGCAGCUCCUUAUAGCCUUGAGAGAUUUGCCAAAAUUAAACUUUUAUAUGGCCGUGGACGAAUGGCGUCUUCAAGUUCUGAUGGGCAAGAUUCCCUUCCCAAAAAUAGCGAGCAGUUGGAGCGAAUUCCGCAAGAAUUUCUCUUUGAUCGAAUCUUCUAACGUCGAUCUUUUGGGCGACCCUUACGUACUUUCGAAUAAACCGUAUAUUGGGAAAUUCAUGGGACUAAUUUUAAAAUAUCAAGUUUACCAAUCUUUUGCUGAAGAGUUGAUGUCUGAUGAUGGUGAUUUAGUUACGCAUGUUUCUGAAAACAACCAGCGAUUAAUAGACACAAUGAUGCAAGGAUACGCGUUCGUCUGGACUGAAAUGGUCAGUGACUUACUUGCUAAACGUGAAAAUGGCUUAGAGUAUACAGGCCUUACAGAUUACUUCAGACUUUUAGAUGAAUAUUUAGAUAAUCAGUUAGAUCCAGCCAGUGAGAACACAUUCGAAGAAUACGUGGAUCCGCCAACUGAGGUGGAACCAGACGAAAAUGAAAUACCAGAUGAUAAUAAAGCGCAAGAUUAUAUAGCAGAAAAGGAGGAAGUCGGACCGCCAACACAUGAAGACAUCAAUGAGAAUAUUAUAGAUACGGACGAAGAAACUCAUGUGAAAACGGGUAGCGAUGCUUCUACAGUUGGCGUACUGGAAAUUAAGAAUCCCGUUGCAGCAUCAGACCAUAACGAAAACGUCAAUCCUCAGGAAGCAUCUUAUAACGUAUACUGGUGGAUAGGCAUAGGUGUCGCGAUAGCAGUUGUCGUGAUCUUGGUCGCGAUAAUUGCGAGAAAACGACACGGCCACAGAAAACAAUUAGAACGGCAAAGGCGUCAAAACUCUCGGGCCUGA